UUUCAAAAAGGCAGUUGUGUAAAAUAAAACACGCUGCACGGUGGCUCCGGUAUUAGGAAUAUUAUGCUCGAAGAAGGCGACUCGUGGUUAUUUAGUACCUACCAUAGAAUGUGAUAAAAGAUAUAUAUAUAUAUAACGUUAUAUCUUCACCCAAUGGAAAAAGGGAAUACGCCUUGAAGCGUUAACUCUGCCAAAAAAAAAUCAUAGAAGAAGAAGUUCAAGAAGAGUCUGUUGCUCACUGCACUGUUUUUGUUUUUCUUUACCGACACACAAAAAGACUCUUUCAAAACAGCAAAAGUGACUGACAAAGAAGAGGAGCGGCUGCUACACGUUUUCCCAAAAUGAAGCUUAACAUCGAGGGUCUGCUGGUGUAUUUUCCGUAUGACUACAUAUAUCCUGAGCAGUACUCCUACAUGCUGGAGCUGAAGAGGACACUGGAUGCUAAGGGUCAUGGAGUCCUGGAGAUGCCAUCAGGAACAGGAAAGACCAUCUCUCUGCUGUCUCUCAUUGUUGCCUACCAAAAGGCCUUUCCUUUGGAAGUGACCAAGCUAAUAUACUGCUCCCGAACAGUUCCAGAGAUCGAGAAAGUCGUGGAGGAGCUGAGGAAGUUGAUGGAGUUUUAUUGCAAGCAAACUGGAGAGAGCAACAACUUCCUGGCUCUGGCUCUUUCCUCCAGAAAAAACCUCUGCAUCCACCCGGAGGUGAGCUCUCUGCGGUUCGGUAAGGAGGUUGAUGGGAAGUGCCACAGUCUGACAGCAUCGUACAUUCGUGCACAGCGCCACAGCAGCCCCGACCUGCCUGUGUGUCGCUUCUAUGAGGAGUUUGACGCGGUCGGCCGACAGGUGCCUCUUCCCGCUGGCGUCUACAACCUCGACGACCUGAAGGACUUUGGUCGGAGGAAAGGCUGGUGUCCUUACUAUCUGGCACGCUACUCAAUUCUGCACGCCAACAUCGUGGUGUACAGCUACCACUACCUGCUGGACCCCAAGAUAGCUGACCUGGUGUCCAAAGAGCUGGCCAAGAAGUCUGUAGUGGUCUUUGAUGAGGCUCAUAACAUAGACAACGUGUGCAUCGACUCCAUGAGUGUGAACAUCACCAGACGAACACUUGACCGCUGCCAGAACAACGUGGACACACUUCAGAACACCAUACAAAAGAUAAAGGAUACAGACGCUGCUAAACUGAAGAUGGAGUACAGGCGAUUGGUGGAGGGGCUGAAGGAAGCCAAUGUUGCCAGGGAAACCGACAUCUACCUGUCAAAUCCUGUGUUACCAGACGAAAUUCUUAAAGAGGCGGUGCCCGGUACUAUUCGCACAGCAGAGCACUUUGUUGGUUUCCUGAGACGUUUCCUGGAGUAUCUCAAGUCCCGUCUGAGGGUCCAACAUGUCGUACAGGAGAGCACCCCGCAGUUCCUCAAAGACAUCUUCGACAAAGUCUGCAUCGACCGAAAGCCUCUCAGGUUUUGUGCAGAGCGCUUACAGUCGUUGCUACGAACUCUGGAGAUCGCCGACAUCGCAGACUUCUCAGCUGUUACUCUCAUCUCCAACUUUGCUACCCUGGUCAGCACCUACAGCCAAGGUUUUACUAUAAUCAUUGAGCCCUUUGAAGACAGAACUCCAACCAUCGUCAACCCUGUGCUGCACUUCAGCUGUAUGGAUCCAUCUAUAGCCAUCAAACCAGUUUUUCAAAGGUUUCAGUCUGUCGUCAUCACCUCGGGGACUCUCUCCCCACUGGACAUCUAUCCCCGAAUCCUCGACUUCCGCCCUGUUACAAUGGCAUCCUUCACCAUGACGCUGGCACGGACCUGUCUCUGUCCCCUGAUUGUUGGCAGGGGAAAUGACCAGGUGGCCCUGAGCUCAAAGUUUGAGACCAGAGAGGACUUUGCUGUGAUUCGUAACUACGGCAACCUACUUUUAGAGAUGUCUGCGAUUGUUCCUGAUGGCAUCGUGGCGUUUUUCACCAGCUACGUCUACAUGGAGAACAUAGUGGCGUCCUGGUAUGAACAGGGCAUCCUGGAGAAUAUCCAGAGAAAUAAGCUGAUCUUCAUUGAGACUCCAGAUGCUGCAGAGACGAGCAUGGCCCUGGAAAAAUACCAGGAGGCAUGUGAGAACGGCAGAGGAGCCAUCCUCCUGUCUGUGGCCAGGGGAAAGGUGUCUGAAGGAAUUGAUUUCGUGCAUCAUUUUGGCCGAGCAGUCAUCAUGUUUGGAGUGCCUUAUGUUUACACGCAGAGCCGCAUCCUGAAGGCUCGUCUGGAGUACCUUCGGGAUCAGUUUCAGAUCAGAGAGAAUGACUUUCUGACGUUUGACGCCAUGCGUCACGCGGCCCAGUGUGUGGGAAGAGCCAUCAGGGGAAAGACUGACUACGGACUCAUGAUUUUUGCUGACAAGCGUUACGCCCGAGCAGACAAACGUGGGAAGCUUCCUCGCUGGAUUCAAGAGCACAUCAGUGACGGCAGUCUGAACCUCACCGUGGACGAGGCCGUCCAGCUGUCCAAACACUUCCUGCGGCAAAUGGCUCAGCCUUUCAGACAGGAGGACCAGCUGGGUCUGUCUCUUUUAACUCUUGAGCAGCUGGAGUCGGAGGAAAUGCUGCAAAAAAUCAAUCAGAUUGCCCAUCAGACCUGAAGGUGACAUACACUGAGUAAUGUUAUCACAAUGGCUACGCCCAUGAUGGUGUCAGCAACUCUUAGAAUGACAUCAUUACUGUGUGAUGAUUAGACCUGAUCCAACAAGAUUUAAUUUUAACUUAUAGAGUCCCUUCCCUUCCGGUGGACCACUAUGGGACCUUAUUUUGAAAGAAAUAUGUACAGUAGUCGAUAUUAUAGAUAUUAUCACUAAACAAAAUAAAACUUAAAACUUAAUUCUCUGUUAGAAGCUCUCCUUCUCUAUGUAGUAAACUCCACAUAUCUGGUAAACAAACCAUGACAAGUAUUUAAAUCACAUGCUGGCCCAGGUCUGGUGAUUACAUUAAUGAUUUCUGACUGUAUUACCGGCAGUCCUGUACGUAGUGGUUAGAAGGUCUGAGCCUCAAAAAAGGCACCAAGCAUUCAGUAUUUCAAGUCACACACUGAGUCUACAGAAUAUUAGCCCCUCGGCUCUCACUCAGACAUGGCUGUGUUUUUUUUUCCCACUCUCUGUAUAAGAGAGAACAUCCCAUCAGAUCCAGGUUGUCCUACCAGUUAAAUCUAUACACCCACCAGAAUGUGACAGGAUUUUGCUCGAUGCACCUUUGGUCCACUGGGUCAGCGCGUAAUUCACUACCUUUGUAGCUGAUUGGCAUGUUAGAAAUCCAUUCAAAUUACUCAUAUUUAGUUUUUUAAUUAGUUUAUGCAAAUAGUGCUUCAGAAAACUGAACUGAAAUGCUGGAAAUAUUAAUUGAUUAAUAUACCAUGGUAGUUAAAGUCAGCAGUCUGUGUGAAAGUAGAAGUGUGAUCAGUUUUAUUUGUCCUGAGUGUAUCUUACUUGGUAACCAUGCAGCAUUUCAUAUGGGAGAAGGAUUCUGCAGUUUUAUUGAAAAGGUCCUAACAUUUUGUAUACUCAGUGUAUGUACUCAGUAUUACAGAUCACUCACAGAUUCACCGAGGGGAUAUAACAGAAAUAUCAACAACAGUAAUGAAUCCUUUCCAUUAUGAUGAGAAAACUUUUAUAGUUCUAAAUGGAUGUGCUAUAUUAUAGCAUUUCAGAGUAGAUGUAUUCCUUGUUAAACCAAAAGUGAACACGUGCUGUUUUUAAAAAACAAAUUGUUUUGAUGACAAACAAAACAAGAAUAUUUGUUGUAAAACCAUCAUCAGUGGGUCAACAUGUUGCAUUAACUACAGAAACUUUAUUCCAUCUGUGGGUGUAACAUCGGUCCAUGUAGCGUCUGUCAUACAGACAAGACUACUGUUAGUUUCCUUUUGCUAUUGCAACUGUACAUAGUCACAUUUUUUACUGAACGUGAGCUUUUUGUGUCUGUUUUUCAACCAGGAAGUUGAAAUAUAAAGGUUUGUAUUUAACA